AUGUCCGAGGGAUCACUUAAGCUUUCCCAUUUUGAUGACUUGGAAUCACACAAAGAAAAUAUUGUUCCAUUGAGAGAUGGUCGAUCUGCAAAACGACUAAGUGAGUCCUUACAACAAUCUAUAAAAGAUCUUGCAGAAAUAAGACUGUCAUAUGAGAAGCGACUUAUGGAGGAACUUGAGGAAAUAGAUGACCCAUUGGAGUUAUAUCUUGAUUAUAUAUCAUGGAUUAACGAUGCAUACCCUCAGGGUGCCACAAAUAAACAAAGUGGGAUGGUGGAUAUAAUGGAACGUUGUUUGAAUUACUUUAAGGACGUUGAUAUAUACAAAAAUGAUCCUAGGUAUUUGAAAAUAUGGAUCUGGUAUAUUGAAUUAUUUGUGCAUGGGUUGCAAGAAAAAAAGGACAUAUUUGUGCAUCUAUUGAGGAGGAAGAUUGGAGAGAAGUUGGCAUUGUAUUAUGAGGAGUUUGCUAACUUGCUUUGCCAACGUAGGGAGUUUGGCAAUGCCCUCCAUAUUUUGAAACGUGGUAUUGAACAUAAUUCUAGACCUUUACAAAGACUUCGAAAGACUUUAACAGAGGUGGAACAAAAAUUACAUGAGGAUGGUUAUGGGGUUGAUGAUUUGCGUUCUACCGAAGACCUUUCGGAAUUGAAUUCUGAUCUUAUUUUGGGUAGAGGAAGAUCAGAAAUAUAUCAAGGGCAUCCUAUAGUUAGACGGCCGGCUUCUUCUAAUAGUGGCAAGAUGCAAAUCUUUAAAGAUGAAUUACAACAGGAUUCGGAAGGCAUCGGUUGGAAGCAAUCGGGAUGGGAGCAUAUAGAUAUAAAGGAGGAGAGGGGGAAAGAAAACAAACUGCAGUCAGUUCCAAUCACAUCAGGUGUAAAGACUGAAAAAUUAGCGCAGCUACCUGUAAUUAAGCGUGACAUUGAAAAACUUCCCAUAUUUCAGGAUUCCUUGGGAAGAAGUGACCCAGUGUACAAAAUCUUGGAACAAGCUGGAAGAAAACCCGAGAAGAUAGACUGUAACUUUAACCUUCUAUACCCGGCUGAUGGUGAGGAGUUUUGCAUUGAGGAGAUUUUGGCAAUCGCUAGAAAUGUUUACUAUAAGAAAAAUAGUGCUAAGGUGAAUCACUCUACUCCCAACCGGAGCACUCCAAACAGGAACAAAAGGAGAAAACCUGUAUUGCAAGAUAAGGUAGAGACUCCCACACAACAUGUUUCAUCCCCAAAUCAAAUAGAAAUUAAUUCGCCUGAAUACAAAAAGGUAACAACCACAUCGAUUCUUCCUUUGAAGGACGAAAAUGUGGAGGACAAUACUAAUUAUUCUGAAGGAAAACCGAGAUCACCAACUGUUACUAUGUUUUCAAAGGACGCUAUGAAAGAAGUGUACUCAAUGUUUAACCAAAACUACGCAGAUCCUAAGCACUUAUCAGAUAAUGACGAUACCACUAGUAAAUUUGCCGUUUUUGAGAACUUUACAGAGGAAUUUACAAGGAAGAAUAUGGAUGAUUUAACAGAAGUUAAACCAUCUGACGUUGAGACAACUCCAUAUAGAGAUGAAGAACAAAAAGAUUCGGGAACAUCAAAGGAAGUUAUAACACCAACUUACAAGAGCAAACUUCAAGAUUAUAUGACACCUAUUCAGGAACGUACGGAGUCCACUUUCAGAAUGAUGACAAGUCAGGAGGAUGGAGGAGCAUUCCGAAGGCAGAGUGAUGUGUUAUCAGUUAAUACAGCCGAAAGUUCGCCUUUUCUGACACAACCUCAGGAUCCAAAUAUAAUUCACCAGGGAAUUGUAAAUAAUCCACUUAGCAAUACAUUAAGGACAGAAUUGCUACAGUCAUUGCAGCCGGGUUUAUAUACUUACGAAAAUUACUACGAAUAUACACAACCUUUAAAAAUGAGCGCCCUUUUAAAAAAAAUUCAUAAAGUCACGAAGAAUGUUAAUAAGAAUCCAAUUGUCGAUUUCAAGAAAACGAAUGAUUUGUAUUGUAUCCGUAGCAAAUUAGGUGAAGGUGGGUAUGCCACUGUUUACUUGGCUGAAUCAAGCACUGGACAAUUAAGGGCUUUGAAAGUUGAAAAACCAGCAAGCGUUUGGGAAUUUUAUAUUUUGAAGCAAGUUGAAAAGAGAUUAGAACGUUCCAUAAUUUUGAAAUCAAUUAUAAACGUUGGUGCAUUGCAUUGUUUUCAAGAUGAAAGUUACUUGGUAUUAAAUUACGCUAGCCAAGGCACUAUAUUAGACUUAAUCAAUCUGGAGAAAAGAAGAUCUGGGUCUCCAUUGGAUGAAUGUUUAUGUAUGUUUAUUACUGUUGAGUUGAUGAAAGUUAUACAGUGUAUUCAUGAAGUUGGAAUAAUUCAUGGGGAUGUAAAACCAGACAAUUGUAUGAUACGUUUCGAGUAUUGCGAUUUAUUGGGAGAUUAUAAUCCCUAUGGCCAGAACGGUUGGUCCAGCAAGGGUAUCUUUCUAAUCGAUUUUGGUAGAUCGUUUGAUUUAACACUAUUCCCAAUGGGAACCAAGUUUACUGCAAACUGGGCCACUGAUCAGCAGGAUUGUCCAGAAAUGAGGGAAAGUAAACCAUGGAGUUAUGAAGCAGAUUAUUAUGGGUUAGCAGGUAUCAUACAUGCAAUGCUAUUUGGUAAAUAUAUUGAGACCACUAAAUUUCGAGAUGGUACGUACAAGUUAUCUAAUAGCUUGAAAAGGUAUUGGAAGAAAGAUAUAUGGGCCCCAUUAUUUGAUGUUUUACUGAAUAGUGGUAAACAUGGAGACCAACUUCCUAUAAUUUCAAAACUUGAAAACCACAGGUCACAAAUCGAAAAGUAUCUUGAACGAGAGACGAGCACCAAAUUGAGAAAUAUGAUCCUCACACUAGAAUCUGAAUUAUCUAGAUUUAAACAAUAA